UCCUCACCACAAACGAAACAUCACAAACCGUCAGAAUGCGCAGCAAGUUCAAGGACGAGCACCCGUUCGAGAAGCGCAAGGCUGAGGCCGAGCGCAUCCGUCAAAAGUACACCGACCGCAUCCCUGUCAUCUGCGAGAAGGUCGAGAAGUCGGACAUCGCCACCAUCGACAAGAAGAAGUAUCUGGUCCCAGCCGAUCUUACCGUCGGACAGUUUGUCUACGUGAUCCGCAAGCGCAUUAAGCUUUCGCCCGAAAAGGCCAUCUUCAUCUUCGUCGACGAGGUCCUUCCUCCCACCGCCGCCCUGAUGAGCAGCAUCUACGAGGAGCACAAGGACGAGGACGGCUUCCUCUACAUCACCUACUCUGGCGAGAACACCUUUGGCGAGGCCGCUUGAAGCAUACCCGACUUUCUUUUCUUAUUCUAAUGCCACACGAUAUCCUUACACGGAUCACCAGGAGUUUCGGAGUCUUUGGGAACUAUUGACGGAGAGGGAUGAUUUGAGGGAGGAUGACCGAAUGCAGCGACGGAGCAAGCAGGACAAAGCAGCCGCUCGUCAUUCUGACGGCGCUCGUCAAGAACCACACCCGCUCAGGCCCUUGUACCCCAUUUCGCUGCU